UCAUCUGAGUCUUAGCUCUCAAGCGUAUCUCCUUGCUCUCUGCACUUACUGUUUCUCCCAUUCCCAUCAGACGCGGCAAAAAACAGUAACGGCACAUUCCCCGGAGAGAGAUGGAAAUCGUUGAAGAAGGAGCAGUGAUGGUGGCGAAGAAGAAAGGGGAGUUGGCUAUCGAAGAUUACCUCGAUUUCCUUGACGACCGCUCUCUCAAUCUUACCAUCCCCCAGCUUCGUCAGAUCAUUGGGAUGCACGGCUUCAAAAGGAAUGAAACUAAAAAGCAACUUUUAGUGGAUAUGGUAACCACGAUGGAUUUGAUGGAUCUCCACCGCUCGACGCUGCUAGACGCCGGCGUAUCAGGUGAUGCUUGCUUCACCCUGGAGGAAGUGAUCAACGACCUCAAACAUCUCGACUGGCAAGAGUGCCACGUGACCUCUCUCCUCACCCUCGGCGCCGUCGACUCUGCCUCCUCCUCCUCCGUCGCCAGCGACGCAACCACUUCAGUGAAGCGGAAAAGACCCAAAAGGCUACGAAGGAAGCGGACUGAAGUUGGCGCCGAGGCCGAGCAUUCUGAUAUUUCCACUGGUACUACUGUUGCUGCAGAAAGUACCACCGAGAGUUUGAGGUCAGUGGAGGUUUAAAGUUCAGAAUUACAGCUUUCAUCUUUGGAGGUUAGCUUGAGAUUGAGGGUGCGGCUGUUCGCUGCUUGUACAUUUGACUAUCGAGCAGGAAGGUACAAUAGUAGUUGUAGCAAGUGAACAAUCAAAAGUAAAUAAUGUAGACAUUAAAAUUGAAUAUCCA